AUGGCCGUAGGCGUGGCAAUCCUCGGCUUCAUUCUCUUCUGCGCAUGGCGCCUUUACUCCGCCAUCCAGUUGAAGAAGAAGAUUCCUGCGGGAGCGAAGCCUCUCCCUGGACCAAAGGGUCUGCCACUUAUUGGCCGUGUUCACGAUGUACCGGCAGAGGCGGCGUGGAUGAAGUUCUAUGAAUGGAGCAAGGAAUAUGGCCCAAUUUACCAGCAAGAGAUGUUCGGCUCCGUCCACGUCUGGAUUUCCUCUGAGCAAGUUGCUCACGAUCUCCUGGGUCGCCGCAACGUCAUUUACUCCGACCGCCCUAUGAUCCCCAACCUUCCGGACAACCGAACCAGCGGCGACUACCUUGCCCUCCUCGGCCGGACAGAAACAUGGAAGCGCCAGCGCAAGCUUUGCCACCACCUCAUGAACCAGAGCGAUAAGCAGGAGCUCCACGCAUACCCGAGCCGCGAGCGGGAUCGUUUCCUGUGGCUCCUGUAUCAGAAGCCCAGCGAGUACCGAGAGUAUAUUGAGCAGUUCACUAGCCGUACCGUCAGUCGUCUCUCUUGGGGUAGUGCCCACCCGGCCAGAGUUCUGCGCAAGACCACCUUUGGCCUCCUCGAGACCAUUUCCCCCGCCGGUGCUCUUCCUAAUGUCAUAUCCUUCCUCAUGCAUGUUCCCGCAGCGCUGUCGCCGUGGAAGAAGAAGGAGAAGGAACGCCACGACAUCGAAUCAAAGCAGUUCACGAGCAACGUCAACUUCGUCCAGGACCAGGUUGAGAAGGGAACUGCCGCGCCGAGCUUCAUCAGCACUUUCAUCAACGAAGGUCUCGGAAACGAAAAGGGCAAAUGGGGCGACCUGGCAGAGGCCCAGAACGUCGUCGGCCUUAUGGCCAUCGCUGGCGCCCUGACCAUCGGCAGUCCCAUCCAGAGUUUCCUCCUUGCCAUGCUGCAUUACCCUGAAUGGCAGGCUCGCUUGCAACAGGAGAUUGACGAGAACUGUGAAGGAAGAUGUCCCCAGUGGUCGGAUCGUGAGAAGUUGCCGUUGUUGAGGGCUGUCGUCAAGGAGGUUAUUCGGUGGAGACCCCCUGUCCCCACUGGCAUUCCCCACGCUGUGGAGAAGGACGAUGUCUACAACGGCUACUUCAUCCCUGCUGGUGCCACGAUUCAUGCUCUUGAGUGGGGCAUCACCCGUGAUGAGUCUGUCUAUCCCGACGCUGAGGCGUUCAACCCCGGCCGCUGGGUCCAGCCCGAGUACCCCACCUACAAGGAGCCUCUUACCAGAUUCCCCAACCUCGACGGCUUCAGUCAAUUCGGAUUUGGACGCAGAACGUGCCAGGGUGUCCCCAUCGUCGACCAGGAUCUCUUCUUGUCCAUGGGAGGUAUGGCCUGGGCUUUUAACAUCCGCAAGAAGGUCAACGCCGACGGCACCGAAGUUCCGGUUCACUGGAACGAUUACACCCCGCUCCUGAUUGCCAAGCCCGCCGAAUUUGAGUUUGACGUUGUCGUGCGCACGCCUGAGAAGGCUGACAUGAUGAAGGCCAUGUUCGAUGCCGCGAAGGAGGAGGAGGAGAAUGAGGAGUUAAUGAUGAAGAUGGGCAUGCCCGAUAUCGAUACCCGCGAAAAGAAGAGGGCUGCCAUGUCGAUGAAGCCGCCUUCCGUCACGUUGAAUCUUCGACAGAGGAAGGAGGAUGGCGAGCGCGAGAAUCAGUACCGCGAGCACGAACGCGACAUUCCCGGAUGCCCUGGUCGAUGGGCGACGGAGAGCGAUGUGGAUUCGGGUAAUGAGAAGGGGUACGUUGACGGAGAAGACAGUGCCAGCUGCUCGGGACGCUCGUCGCCGACGAUGUUGUCAUAG